AUGAGGCAAAUACUUUUCUCGCGCAAUAUCAGUGCUGCUUUCAUUGUCUAUCUGUGUCUGUGCCUAUUUGUCAGUCUGUCCCUAAGUCUAUUUACAUCAUCAGUCUGUUCAUUAUCCAUAUUCGUCGCUUUAUUAUUCUAUCUAUCUAUCUAUCUAUCUAUCUAUCUAUCUAUCUAUCUAUCUAUCUAUCUAUCUCCCCAAUCUCUCUCAGUCUUUAUCUAUCUAUCUAUCUAUCUAUCUAUCUAUCUAUCUAUCUAUCUAUCUAUCUAUCUAUCUAUCUUCUCUUCCCCCGCUCUGUCUCCGUCUCUGUCUGUCUGUUCCUAUUUAUCUAUCUCAGUAUUGUUAAUCUUCAGAUUAUCUAUCUAUUUCAGAAUAUUCACUCUCGCUUUCUCAGGCUAUACUCAUAUCUAUCUAUCUAUCUAUCUAUCUAUCUAUCUAUCUAUCUACUUGACGUCAGUCAACAGAGAAUAUUGA